UUCGGGUACUCGAUUAUUAGCCACUCUUAGAGGCAAACAAAUAAACAUCUUAGAGUAGGCAACACGGGCACUGAUGAAAAAAUGGCGCUGAGCAUGUCGGCUGUGCUGAGAGGUUUUCUAACAAAUAAGCAAAUUGUCGGACGCAGCGUAGGAGCGACCAGCUGCUGCGCUCGCCUAACCCAAAAUUCUGCUCGAAGAUUUGCGACACAAAAGCACAACAGUCCUGGCACCGUACCACCAGCGCCGAAGCGGCCUCCUUCUGGCUUUAUUCUCUUCGUGACAGACGCCAGGAAGGCUGUACUCAAGGAAAACCCAGCCCUUACGCCUACUGAAGUUAUUAAAAUGGUCGCAGGAAAAUGGAAAGCAGCUGAUGAUGUGACAAAAAGUAAAUAUGCUGCUUUAUCUCGGGAACGCUUUGAGCAUUAUGAGAAAGAGAAAGCAGCCUACACUUCUCAACUGACUGAGCAGCAAAAGGAAGCUCUUGAAGAAGUCAGACUGGACAAGAAGUUAAGGCUCACCAAAAAGAGGUUGAAUGAUAAGCUGAAAGAAUUGGAUAGACCCAAAGGAGUUCGGUCAGCUUAUGUGCUGUUCUCUACAGAAAUGAGAAAAAAGAUGCAGGAGAAACCUGCAAAGAGUGCAGUUGUCAGCAGUAUUUCUUCAUGGUUCCUAGGGAAGCUGCCUAGUAAAAGUGAGGUUCCAUCCCCACAGGAUAUCAUGACUCAACUUGGUGCCAUGUGGAAGCAGCUGUCUGAAGAGAAAAAACAGCCAUAUCUGCACAAAGCUGAUGAGGACAAACUCCGAUAUGAACGGGAGAUGAAGGCCUGGUCACAGCGGCUGGCGAAGGAAGGACAAAGUGAUGUGUUAAAUGACCUCAAAGAGGACAUUCGCGAAAUUCGAAAGAGCAAGCAGGGCUCUGUCCGCAAGAAUGUCACAUAGGAGUGUAGUGAAAAAAGCAUGGCAAAAUAUUUUUCACUCAUUAUUUCUCCUCUGCUUGUGUUUACUGAUGCACAUUUGUUCUUGAGUAACUAUUGGACACUUCAGUGCACUGCUGCCACUUUGCCAGUGUCAUUACCACCACUUUGCGCUAACUUUUUGCUUCAUAAGGGCCUUCCUGGUUAGCACCUAACAACAACUUUGAUACCAAUGGCAAGACAGCAGCAAGGUGCUGAAUAAUCUAAUAUGAUUUUUUUUUUUUUCAGUAUCUGUGAGCAUUCAUGCAAGCUUUCAUGCUGUUUUGUGGUGUCUGCUCAGCUUGCAUACAGGAGCCAGAAAUUUCAUUUUUCAUGGUAAUUUCAGAGACCAUUACCAUUGGAUCUUUCUUUUCCAGCAGAGCAUAUUUCAGCACUAUAUAAACGUGAGAGGGCUGCUGUGUAUAUAUGCUUUUGUUUUGCAAUGUAGGUAUAUAUUGCUGUUAAAGAAAAAGUGUAAAAGUUGUAUCUUCAGAAAGCAGUGCAUUUUGUGGGAGAAGUCAAAAUAUUGCAAAGUUUUUCAUACUACCAAGUUUCAUUGUUGUGGCUGGAUAAAUUUAGUUUUUAUUGAGUAAGUGAUGGUCUGAUAGUGGUAUCUAUCAUAUGAUUCACUUUUAGCCUUGUGCAUAACUUUUAGUGCUAGACGAUGGGCAUGUUGUGUUCGUGCAGUUUAGGAUAUCCCUUUGCAUGUCUCCUGUAUUGUGCUGGAAGUACAUAAGGGCUGUUAAAUUUCAUAAUAGCUGUUUUUGACUGCAUUUUGUUUGUUAUCAUGUUUGGAAUUGCUUAAAAAUUAAUUAUUCUGAGCGACUGUACAAAAAAAAAUAAAGGACUAGUUGCAUUAAACAUUGA